AUGGACAGUGGGCACUUGUACUCACCCUCCACUGACCUAUGUCUCCCGCGGUCACGGCAUAAAACAACCAACAAACCAAAACCAAAAGAGAAGGCAACUGCAAAGGUCAUAGCUAGCACCGGCUCUAGUGAGACUCGCAAGGCAAUGGUUGAUAACAAAGGCUGGCGAAAGAAAAUAGGGAGCAAACCAAAGGAACUACCUACAGUCAAGCUCGAGUCUGAUGACACUGCAGCAACGCCGCCGACUGAGGUGCUGGGCGCCGUCAACACCACUGACAAACGCCGUCACGGCUGGCGAAAGACGAUCGCAGUCAGUCGCCCGUCGACUCCUAUGACCCCAGCCCCAUCUUCUCCUACCCCGGAUGACGCUGGAGAUACUCGAAUUGAGCGGUCUGAAGCUUCCACUCCUCGCGGAGGCUCCAAACCUAAGCUCAACCGCUACACAUCGAUGUUCGCUGCCUAUAAAGAGGAACAGAAUGAUCCAAUCUUCUCAGAACCUUGGAGUCUUCACAAUCCACCGACACAAGAAGAUAUCUGGUCCUAUGUUGAUCCUGUUGUUGUCAUGGAGUCGAUCCACUCACACAUGUGCAAAAACUACAUGGUGCCUGUUCCUCUCGAAUACACCAGCGGCCUGUUUCAGGUUUUCGACGACUACAGGAAGCUUCGAUCGCGCCAGGAGCUUCUUGAGGCGCGCGAACGAGCGGCUCUUCAGAGCUCGCGUAAGGUGACUGCGCAAUGGCAUCAGUCUGAAAUCUUGUAUGAGGCUGAGAUUCGGCGCCUAGAACUGCUGAUCGCACGCGGCACGACUGGUAUGGCUGGGUACGUAACUGCUCAAACUCAGCUACCGCUGAUGCUCACAGAGCGUCCCAGACUUAUGUAUGCACGCCGAGGAACGGUGGUGGAUCGCAAACGUCAGCAUCGAAAAACCAUCUCGACUGACCGCAUCCUCUCGCAGUGCAAGCAGAUGUCUCCAGUGGAACUUGACGAAGAGAUCAGGUUAAAGACUCAGCAAGUCCUCUUGUAUCAGCCGUCAUCACCGUCUGGGAGGAUGACUACUCUAUCUCGACAAUUCACAGGCAGCGGAACCCCUAAACUCCCCUCCGGGACUGUUCAUCUCACCAGGGAAUCAGCACUAUCACGGAAAGUCAAGAGUGAACUCAAUCUGACAGAUCUACGUCAUACAGACCCUCCACACGCCACCUUCGGCGCAAUCGAUACUGGGAUAUCGAGCACCACACGCAAUACCGAGGAGAGAUCUACCUUACAGGAAGACUUGCUGGCAAAAGAAUCUCUCGAACGCGAUGCUUUCAACGCUCUCAAGGAGCUUGGCAUUCUCGUAGCACACCGUAGGGGACUGGAAGUUUCACACUUCGUCAACGGUCUGAUGGAUUUGCUCAGUUCUGCAGGUUCAGACCAGAGUUCCAUUGGUGUCACGGCUCACGAUGAUCGGGAGCGCAGCCUCGUAACUGAAAAUGGAAGGAAUAUGCCAGCAUCCGAUGUGACUCCCAGACCACCGUUGCGAAAGCCUCGAUCUCUAUCAUACCCAGAACAUGACCAGACGCGCCGUCGCCAUUUCUCUUUCGAGACCGGGGAUGAUAAAAUGAGGGAGCUAGAAGCUGACCUCAAAACAUACGGUGCUCUUUUGCAGACCGGCUCAACUGAAUCUGGGUUCUCGUCCUCAUCAGCUUUUCGUCUGUUUGACGACGGCUUAGAGAGCGAUGACAAUGACACGACUGGCUUGCUCGCCUCAGCGAGUGGUGAGCUACCGAAGCCCACGAUGAUCCCAAGCCCGGUUCAAACGAUGGGUCGUGUUCGUCGGGAAAACUCCAUGUCGAGUCUGCAGUCUGUAUUUUUCAAUAACACCCAAGAUGAACGUCACAAUUCUCGCAUCAGCAUCCAAACGGCAUUCCGAGAAGGGGCGAGUGCUAAUAAAUCGACCAAACCAAAGAGCAGGAGCAGCUCAAGUCAGAAUCUGCGCACUGCAGAGUCCCCACUGGGUUCGAAGGAACGACUCAAUAAUCUCGCAAACCGACAAAGCAACGUUGCGCUGGCCGCUGCACGAGCUGCUGAUGCUCGGAGCAGCAACCCCUCUAGGAGCGACAUACGACUAUCCACAGCUACAUCAUCGUCUCAUAAACGACAAACAACAGGGCAGCAAAGGACCGAAAACAACGAUCCUAUGCCCCACAGCAAUGCUGGUAAGAAAGAUGUUGAAUAA